AAAUGAGGGUUUUAGAGGAAGCGGAAGUAUCAAAACAGGCGGAAGUGGAACUGCCCUGAGGACCCAAAGAGCGGAGGACGGCUCGAAGAACUUUAAUCAUUCAGAGAAUAAAGUCGGGAUCACCAGUACACUUUAAAUCCUAAAAGAUGGAUAAGAAUGAUCUGGUGCAGAAAGCAAAGCUGGCAGAGCAGGCCGAGCGCUAUGACGAUAUGGCGGCUGCCAUGAAGGCUGUGACGGAGCAGGGCUUGGAGCUCAGCAACGAGGAGCGCAACCUUCUGUCUGUUGCCUACAAGAAUGUGGUGGGUGCACGCCGCUCAUCCUGGCGUGUCAUCUCCAGCAUUGAGCAGAAGACAGAAGGAAACGAGAAAAAACGGCAGAUGGCCAGUGAUUACCGUGUGAAGAUUGAGGCUGAACUCCAAGAAAUCUGCCAUGACGUGCUGAACCUGCUUGACAAAUUCCUCAUUCCUAAUGCGUCUCAGGCAGAGAGCAAGGUGUUCUACCUCAAAAUGAAAGGAGAUUACUUCAGAUACCUGUCAGAGGUGGCCUCUGGAGACUCUAAAAAGGACACCGUGGAGAACUCUCAGCAGGCCUACCAGGAUGCCUUCGACAUCAGCAAGAAGGACAUGCAGCCGACACACCCCAUUCGGCUGGGCUUGGCUCUCAACUUCUCUGUCUUCUACUAUGAAAUCCUCAACUCGCCAGAGCAGGCGUGCUCUCUGGCCAAGCAGGCUUUUGAUGAGGCAAUUGCAGAGCUUGACACUUUGAACGAGGACUCAUACAAAGACAGUACACUGAUCAUGCAACUACUAAGGGACAACCUUACUCUGUGGACAUCAGAAAACCAGGGAGAUGAACCUGAAACUGGUGAUGGAGAGAACUAGUGUGCACUUCAAUGUUAACUCAUCCCAACAAUCCUAUUCUUGUUUUUCUCUUCCUCUUUCUUCUCCUCUUUGUACACAUAAGAUACCUGCUCAUUCCCGUGUCCCUUCUGUAUAACCAACAGCAUGAAUAGUACUUGAACUUCAAAUGUUAAAUAAAAUAAAUUGAAAGAGGAAAAUAAGUCCUCAAUUCUUUCAUUGGUCCUCAGCACUCAUCCACCUUCCCUUCCUCCAUCAUGGCCCUUCAGAGCAGCCCAGCAAUCUGGCCAGUCAAAAAACGAGCAGGAACAACUCCAAACAUCGAUAACGACCUUAAACAGGCCACUUUUUUUUAAAAUCUUUUUUCCCCUCUUAAUUGCAUUUAUGUUUUCCUAACAUCUGUCCAUUGGCUGGCCCUUCCCUGCUUUACUUCUCUCUUGUAGGCUCAUGCAGUGUUCCAUUCCUUCCUCCUCUUUUGGCUUUUUAGUGUUCUGGCAAACAUGACUGGUUUCAUUUUUACUUUAAAGAAAAUAAAGAGGUUAUUAAACAAUCCAUUUAUUUUCAACAAUCACUGUGAUGCUUACUUUUUUUUUCUCCACUUCACCACCAAAUCAUGCCGACGAGAGAAAAACGAUUGGAGAGGCGGGGCUUAUCGGAUAGCAAUGUGAUUCUGCUGAGGUUUAUACAGAAGGGUCCUCUUGUACGGUUUUAUUGUGACACUGCCAAACAAAUGUCAUCAAACACUUUGAGCUGGAGUUUUUAAAUAAAUCUGGAAAAUUGAGCUUAAGCAUACCAUCCUUCUUAUCCUAGACUGAAAGCAUAUUUCAGACAUAAACUGGACUGUACUAGUCUUUUGUUUUGGAUGUGGCUGGCACAUGCAGGUGAAUGUCAGCACCACUGUAGCUACAUCUGAUUCUAUAGUGACGAGCCUCUUUCCCUGCUUGUUUUUAGGAUAUGUGCUGUAAAUUUAAUCAAUCUUGUUUCUUGCAGAGAAAACUUGGUCAUUAGAGCUGAUGGUUAGUUGCUAUUGUGUGCUUUGGUGUUUGACUGUUUUCUCCUUCUUUGCCAUCAUUCAUUACAUCCUUUUUUUAAUGUUUUUUGCUUUUAGCAGCAGGUCUAGUUAAGUCUCAGAAUGGUAAAGCAUCUGAACAUGUGGCUCAGGGGGGUGAAUCCCACUCCCCCUGGACCCUGCUCUUCAAGCUAGAUCAUCUGAAGUAAAUUCAAAGGAAGUAGUUAGUCGCCAGCAUUUGUUUGUAAAGUGAAGGAGUAAAAUUAAAGCUCAUCAGCCAGGAAAAGUAGGAACGUUUUCCAUUUUUAUUUUGAAAUCCCUGUUUCAGUAACCCGUAUGCUUUUUCAGGCAACCUGCGUCAGAAAUGUCUUGCAUGCGAUCGAUCACUGCUACAUUCUCAGUUUUUUGACCCCAUGGUCUUUUGUUAAACCUCUGACAAAACAAUUAAAGAACUGCCAUGUGUUGCAACACCACCACUGUUUUAGCUUUUACUUUUGUGUGUCAGGAAAUCGUCAGUGUCAAAAACCAUGUUCAUAAAGCUCAGUGACAUUCCACUAUAGUUGUAGAAAUGGUCUGUAAACCAGAGACGGUUGUCAUGAACCAACAUCCAAGGAUUUUUAAAAAAUCAUCCCGGCUGCUUUUUUCUUUUCCUGAAAGACAAAUGUGCGUUCCAAUUUUUAAAGAAAAAAAAUUAUAGAUCCCACGCGAUGGUGGAUGUGGCAGUAAGUUCAUGUUGCUCUGCUCUCUGAAGUCAUUUUUGCUCAACAGUAUUUUGCCUAAAAUCAAAGUACAAAAUUCAUAACGUAUACUUGCUUCUUUGGUGGUUUUCCUGCUUAGCCAGCCUGUGGUUGUGAGUUUUAGUAAGCUUGAGGACAUCAGAAAAAGAAAAAAAACCCCAACAAUAAAUGAAAAACCCUUUCGGGACCCUUCUUCCACCCAGUUUAUAAGAGUAAUACUAGAUUAGUGUAUCUUUAAAAAAAAUCAGACUCUUGUUUCACCUUACAUGUUAUAAUCUGGACAAGAUGUGAGAUGAUGUAAAAUGAAAUAAAGAUUUUAUCAGUUCCA